AUGUUUGACAGUGUUUGCAAGGCUCCUGAAGACAUCGAGUGUAGGUCAGCUACAGAGCCUCAUCUCAGUUGGGAACAGCUGGGUCAGAAGGUUCAGUGUGACACCUCCGUUGGAUUCGUUUGCAAAAAUGAAGACCAAUUUGGAAAUGGGCCUUUUGGACUCUGCUAUGACUAUGAGAUACGGGUCAACUGUUGCCUGCCCCUGCCUGAGUGUAUUGGGAGCUCAGUGCCAACCACCACAACUCCCACCCCAACAACUUCCACCAUUCCAUCAACGACGCCCACUACUCCCCCAACUUCAACCAUGACAACCAGCCCUACUUCAGAAUUCACUACCUCAUUGACAACCAUAACCUCAACGUCCACAGCCACACCUGAACAGACCACAACAGUGACCACGACGCCUACCCCAGAAUCAUCCACCUCUGCUACAACCACCUCACCGACCACAACCUCAUGCACUGACUGGACCACCACACCAACACCCACCAUUAGUACCAUCACAGGGACUACCACCAUCCUAACACCCAUCAGCACCACCACAGGGACAAGCACACCAACACCCAUCAGCACCACCCCAGGGACCACUAUGCCAACAUCUACCAUCAGCACCACCACAGGGACCACGACCAUCAUCACCAGCACCAUAAGCACCACCACAGAGACACCAAACCCCACUAUCCGCACCACUACAGAGACCACAACAUCCACUGUCAGCACCACCCCAGAGACCAGCACACCAACACCCACCAGCACCACCCCAGGGACCACCACACCAACACCCACCAGCACCACUCCAGGGACCACCACACCAACACCCACCAGCACCACCCCAGGGACCACCACACCAACACCCACCAUUAGCACAACCACAGGGACCACCACCACACGAACACCCAUCAGCACCACCCCAGGGACCACCACACCAACACCCACCAUUAGCACAACCACAGGGACCACCACCACACCAACACCCAUCAGCACCACCCCAGGGACCACCACACCAACACCCACCAUUAGCACCACCACUGGGACCACCACCACACCAACACCCAUCAGCACGACCCCUAGGACCACCACAUCAACACCCAUUAGCACCACCCCUAGUAUCACCACACCAACACCUAGCAGCACCACCAGAGGGACCACCACCACACCAACACCCAUCAGCACCACCCCUAGGACCAUCACAACAACACCUAGCAGCACCACCACGGGGACCACCACCCCAGGGACCACCACACCAACACCCAUCA